AGAAAGGUCAACGUCUCGGUCCAAAUCUAGCAGACCGCCGUCCAAUUUCUCUUUAAAUGAUGUGAGAUUCGCCAAGGUUCCUCGCGACACACGCUCGCGGCCGCGUCCCGGUCGCAAGACCGCACCUGCUGCGCGUAGCAGCACUUGUGCAGAAAGUCGUACAAGUUCUUCUUGUGCGCACGAGCUAAGUGCUUAGCAUUCUGCCGGAUACGAGGACCCAAGAUGUGGCUUUCCGUUUUACGAUUCUCCUCCCUUCGCUGCCCAUUGGCAGCAAGGGUAGUUCUUGCAGCGAUCUUUUCGACGGCUACUAUACUGCUGGACUUCAAUGCUGUAAUAGUGCCGGCAACCGCUGUCCUGGUAGUGGAGAAAAGGCAAGGGCGCAUGGAAGCUGCGGAACAUAAACUGCAACUGCAUCAACUUCUAAAUGCAGACGAAUCUUCCCGCAGCAGCAGUUCGACGACCGCUGUUCGGCAGCGGCAGCAGCAGCAGCAGCAGCAGCACGGAGGUGGUCUUGUUGUGCUCCAGAAGAACGCCAUGGUCCAGAAGGUGAUCGAGAUUCUGGACGGCAUCGGGAAAAAAGCCGCCGCGGACCUCACCGAACGGACCACAUUUCACCGGCAGGAGCAGCAGACCCUGGGGACGUCGUUGUCGGAACAGAACCAGAUUUACACGGACGCGGAAACCACUUUGGUGACUGCCUCGGCAGAGAAGGCGACCGCGGAGAACGAUCUGGAGAAGUUGGCGGAAGAGGACAGCCUGCUGCAAACGGAGCUGCGGGAGAGCAAGAAGAUCCACGCGGAGAACGAAGCGGAGCGGAAGAAGGAGCACGGUGAAUACCGCGAGGUGCUCACAAAAAACGAGGAGUUUUCGAAGGCGGUGAGGACCGCGUUGGACCAAUUUGACGUGUUAGCGAUGAAAUUGCAGGAAAGCGGGACGGCGAUGAGCAGCAAUGCGGUGUCCUUUUUGCAGACAGACACGAGGACUUAUACUUCCAGCACAGAAGAAGCCAAGCAGCACAGCGCAGCGGUGGAGAUGAUUUUGGAAACAACAACAUCAACUCGCGGAGGUCUAUCCGAGAAGAAAUCCUCCAAAAAAUCGCUAACGAAAGCCAGCAGUGUCGAGGAUUUGAAGCAAAUGAUCGAGGAGCUGGAAACGCAGGCCAUGCAGGAACUCGAGGAGCUCAAUACCGAGGAGAAGACCGCGGUUACGACCUACGACGAGAAACAAUCACUGCUCCAGUCCGAGAUUGACCGGUGUGACACGCUAUCAAAUGCAAAAAUGUCUGGGUCUGGAAGAUUCCGGGAUUUGUCAUGCUAGUCCGGCAUGACUUUGAGCUCUGAAUUGCAUGGCCGCAAAGGGCUUCUCUUGCCUGUCAUGCGAAAACGCAGUUUCUCAUGCAGAGUAUUCAACUCUGAACCACGGAAAAACUUGUCAUGCUUGGCAGUGCAUUACAGUAUGCGCAUUUUUCCCUGACUUGCAUCACAAGUUUCCAGACCCAGACAUUUUUGCAGUUGAUACACGCGGCUGACGAAGAUAGACGAGGAGAAAUCGGAAAAGGCGGCGAUUGUCACCGAGAAAACGGACGCGAUCAAGACGGCACAAGAGUACUCCGACUCGUCCGGGUCGCUUAUCGUUUCUCUGGGGAAUGAGAUUGACGCGAAGAAGAAGGAAUUCCUGGAGCUGGAAAAGGACUUGAAAAUGCAGAUUUCCGCCUGUGCGUCCGCGGUGAACGUGCUGAAAAGCAGUGCGAUGGCAACAGCUGCGAUGAUGUUCUUGUAUCAACGGCAAAAGCUCAUCUUGAGGUCUAUCGUGUAGAACUCGUUGUGAUUAAGUAUCUGAAUCAGCGGUGCAGAUUGCUUCAGAAUUUUUAUCUUUUUCACAACAAAUGAUUUAGAUUUGUACGUGGUCCAAGUGCGUCGAUGCUUUUGCAAUGCAUAGUUUGCAAGAAGGAGCAGAACACGGCGAUUCCUUGAAACGGGUUUUGGAGCACGCGCAAACGCAGGCGAUGCGGUUGGCGACGGCGUCGAUAUCUGGGGAACAUCAAAUGACCACCGAUGCGCAAAGUAGUUCUAGCGCAGCCGCUUCCACGACCCAGAGGAUGAACAUCAAGUCGACUACGUUUAUGAUUUCUGAGCAACUACGGGAAGCGAGGAAGCAGCUGUUUAGAAGCAGCAGAUCAUCUUCUACGGCUUCGACAGAACAAUUGAAGCAGAAUCCUGAUCAGGACAGCACGAGCUCCUACGUUUCCACUUCCAUGCUGAAAGUCGUGAACUUGGUGAAAAACCUCAUCUUGAAACUGAAACAGGAGAACAUCGAGGACAUGAAGGCACAGCAGAUGUGCGACCAGAUGCUGAAAUCCGACGCGCAAACGCUGCACUCCGCCGCGGGCAUUCUGAAGUGGUACCAGACCACGAACCAGAAGUUGCACGGAGAGGUGGCGGAGAUGUGGCAGGACAUCGAGGACGAGAAAGUGGAUUUGGCGAAGGUCCAGGCCAGCAUGGACAAGCACAACCAAACUUUCGUAGAGUCCAACAUUUUGAACGAGAAGCAGUUGGCGGAGGCGCAGGAGGCGAUCCCGAUUCUGGAGUCCGCGCUUUUGGAACUGGACCGCCCGGAACUGGCGCAAAAUUCCGCCAUCCAGAACGCGAUCGCCAUGCUGGAAGUGGUGGAAACCGACAUGAGCAACACGGUGACCAACACGGAAAACCAGCUGCAACUGGACUUGAAAAACUACGGGGAACUGCACGCGAACGAGCUGGCGACCAAGACGGCGAUGCAGCAGGAGAUUAUUUUGAAGAACGAAACCAUGUGGGCGAGCGGAACUUUGCUGAAGAUCAACGAAGACCACCACGAGCCGUGGGCGGCGCAGAAGGUCACGGCCGCGGAAAACAAGUUGACCAACAGCACGCGUAUGUGCAACGUGGCGGAGUCCUACGAGGCACGGAAGUUGAAGCGGGAUCAGUUGCUGGAAUCCUUGAAGAGCGCGUUGCAACUGGCCAGCUCCCAGGCGGCGACGAUGGGCAGCAAUAGUGCUACAGCAGCGACGUUGGUGCAGACGGGAAAUAGUAAUUCGAAGAACGGCCGCUUGUCGAACAGGUUGCAACAUGCGGAAAUAAAGGAACAAACCAGCGAAACAAGCAAAGACCAGAGAGCUAUUACAACUUCUAGCGAUUUCCACGACGACGACCUCGCGGACGAGUUUGAACGGGAGCGGAAACGGCAAAUUCAAGUCGUGACGGAGAAGGUCAAAAGUGGCAAGGAAUUCAUUUCUACUUCAUCCUCUACCAGCCGUGCUCGGGGACUCGCUCCGAAGAUGAAAAGGAAGGUAAAAAAAUCUCUGUUCCAACAAGGUACUACGUCCCUUGCGGAACAGGAAGUCUUCUUGCGGCAGCUGCAAAAGAGGAACCAAUUUUUCGUUUACCAGAAGAAAACGGAAGGAACCGCGAGUCAAGUCGCAGUCCAAGACCCGCCGGCCGAGCCGAUCGCGAAGGUCAUCACGUUACUGGAGAAAGUCAGGCAGGAGGUGGAGCAAGACGUGGAUAACGACGCUGACUGGUUCGCGAAAUUCCAGAACUACUGCGAAACGGAGAAGAACGAAGCCAAGUUUCAGAUCGAGAAUUCCGACAAGGAGAAAUUGUUAGAGGAAAAAGCUGGGCUCACCGGGACCAUCGCGGCUUUGGAAAUGGACAUCGAAAAUUUGACCGCGGAUUCGGCGGAGAUGCAAGCCUCCUUGAAGCAAUUGGUGGAGGUUUUCGAGAUAUGCAUUGCAAAAGUAUCGUACUCGUAUAAAUGCAUUAUAAAUUUCCCCAGCAUGAGAAAUCGAAUUUGUAACGCAGGUUUGCCUUGGAAACAAGAUUUGUAAUGCAAGACUUGCAUUUGUACGAGUGCGAUACUUUUGCACAGGAUGCGAGAAGGAACUGGCGGAAAAGCAGGAGCUGGAGCAGGACUAUGCAUUGCAAACAUGUCCGGAUCUGGAAGAUUGCCAGGUUUUUCAUGCACAUUUUGCAUAACCCAUGAUGCCUGAAAUGCAUGUCCUAGCAUCACAGAUUUUUGAAGGUCCUUCUGAUGCGUAUUCCGCAUGAGAAAUUAUGCACACUCCGCGUAGCACAAACUGAACUCCUCUUGUUGGUCAUGCAAUACAGAUUUUUUUUACCUUCCAAAGACAGCAUCGCAAGUUGAUGCAACCUCGCAGACCCAGACAUAUUUGCAUUCGAUAAGGACCUCGUCGAGUCGAUCGGCGCGCUAAAUGGCGCUUUGGUGAUUCUGGGAAAGCACAGUUAUGGAUUGCAAAAAUGUCUGGGUCUGGAAGGAUGCAAGGUUUGUCAUGCUUGUCUAGCAUGACUGAAAAGUCUGUAAUGCGUGUCCAAGAAGAGACCCCUUUGCUUGUCAUGCAAAAACGCAGUUUGUUAUGCGAAAAGCGCAACACUGUAGCCCCGCAAAUAUUUCUCAUGCUUGGUUGUGCACUACAGAGCACUUACUACUCACAUCUCAGCAUUACAAGUUUCCAGACCCAGACAGUUUUACAUUUGAUAACAGUGGGAGUGCAACAACUUCUUCUUUCAUCGACGAGGGGGUGGUUUUACCGGCGAGUGACGUGCGCAGUCUGACCUUGUCGAGGGUGUUCGACGUUCUGCAGCAGUUUCUGUUUGGAACUUCUCCGACUUCAUCUGUAAGAACGAUUCCAGCAGGCGUUAUUUCCGACACGAAAAUUACAAACACGCUUGUUCCACAAGGUAAAGACAAAGAGCAGAUCAUGCAAAAUCAAGCCGGUCCUCCAACAUCGUUAUCAAUGAAGCCGCAACUGCUGCAGAUUUUGAAGGACCACCAGAUCCCCGCGCCGCCGACAUCCCGCACGGAAUUCCAAUCUGCCGGAACCCAGAAGGUGUUCGGGAUCCUGUCCUCCAUGCAGGAGACUUUUACCAAAGACUUGGAAAAAACCAGGGCCGAUUUGACGCACAAGAAAACGGAAUUUUCGUCGUUGAAGGAGAAGAAAACGGAAGAAAUCUCCGCCACCGACGACUCUAUUUCCCAGAAGAAGCAGGAACUGUCGACCAACAGUUUGCAGCUGUUGCAGGUGGAAAAUCAGCUGGGAAAGUCCGGCGAUGUGUUGGAAGAGGCGAAGAAGACGUUGCACGAGCUAGAGGUGACCUGUCAACUCCAGAGCGAAGAGUACGACACGCGGGUCACGGCACGGGAGCAGGAAGUUGCGGCGUUGGACGCCACUUUGGAACGGUUAAUGGGCGGGAGCAGCGGGACCAACACUACAACCGUUGUACCAACAGGAAGUAGCAGCGCGUUCACGCUGUUUGCGUCGAAGCACGACGGGUCCGCGACCUCGACAAGAGCGUCGCAGAUGACCAAAGCUUCUGCAGCUCGUCGUGCUGGAGAAUCGUUGUUCAAACGGCGAAAAACAUCAAGCCAGCUUGUGGAUAAAAAGCGGAAAAUUUUUCAAAGAACAACCGGUGCUAGUACUUCCGUUCCCGUUCCGGUUGAAGAGGAUGCAGCUGGUCGUGGACGAGCACGGGCUGCGGCGAAGGCGGGUAGUGGAACAGUAGAGGAAGCGGGCGCGGCUGGUUUAGCGACAACGAAAGGCGGGCGAGCGGCGUCUCCUAUUAGUGGAUCUACUAGUACUUCAAGAACAGAAGCAUCCGCCAAGAAGUCGUCCCUAGCUUCUCCGAUUUUGAAGUUGAAAAGUUUGAAAUUUUCGGACGACGAAGACGCGAAUUCGUUGGACGCUAUCAAAUGCAAAUAUGUCUGGGUCUGGAAGAGUGCAGAAGUUUGUCAUGCAGAUUUUCCAUGACCCAUGAGGUCUGUGAUGCAUGCCCUAGCAUCAGAGACUCUGCGAGGGCUUCACGAUGCUCAUACCGCAUGAGAAAAGCCCUCUCCGCGUAGCACAAAUUGCCUCUCUUAUGCUUUUCAUGCAAUACAGAUUUUAUGUAGAGUCCAAAGGUUCCGGGUUCCAAAGGUAGCAUCACAAGUAUCAAACGGAAAAAUCCCCCCUCCCCAUAUCGAAAUGGAAAUCUGUGAUGCAGAAUUUGAGGCACCAAAUCGACUUGCCAUACUAGAAGGCCAAGAGCCGCAGUCGUGGUCUCGUUUGCAGGCAAUUUGUCAUGCUGUUUCCCACUCUCAGCUGCCUCCUAUCAUGCUGAAGAUGCAAGGCUCCCCCACGCCACCCAGCACUACAGUCCGCAUCUUUUCCCGUGUAGCAUGACAAAGCUGAUUUGUGACAACAAAUCUGCAUCACAGAUUUCCGUUUUGAUAUGCGGAGGGGGGAUUUUUCCUUGCAAUAACAAGUUCCAACUUUCCAGACCCAGACACUUUUGCAAUACAUAGACGCCAUGAUGGAGCAAGAGAAGAUGAAAAACAGGAAGCAGAAGGAGAAGAACGCUGGAAGGAGUUUUCGCCCGACGGUUCCUCAGCAUAACCGCCGAGAGAACAACAAUUUUAAACUGGAGCUGCUCACGUCCCCGAAAUCCGUCCUGAACAAAGUGAUCCGGCGAAAAGUCAACACGAUGAAUAUCAAAUGCAAAAAUGUCUGGGUCUGGAUGAAUGCAAGCGUUGUCCUUGUCAUGCAGGUUUUCCAUGACCCAUGAGGUCUGCCAUGUAGGACAUAGCAUGACAGAUGCUGUGAGAGUUCUAUCAUGCCUAUUCUGCAUGAGACACUGCCUCUCGAUUAGUGGACAGCUUUUGGUAAUGACGCAACACAGAUUUUUACAUGAUUCAGAUUUAGCAUGACAAGUUCCAAUCUUCCAGACCCAGACACUUUCACAUUUGAUAAUGAAGGCAAUGGUCCAAUUGAAGCAACUGAUCACGUCAAAACAGUCGCCGGAGCUUGCCGCCGCAACCAGUCUCAUUUUGGACAAAAUCGACGGAAGGAUCGCGGAGAUGAAAAAGGAAAAACAGGAGGAAGUGGAACAGAAAGACGAGUGCCUGAAGGAGCAGCAGGAGGCCAGUUUGCAACUGACCGAGAAGAGUCAUGAGUACGACACCGUCCAGGGCGAAUUGGACUUGCAAUCCGGUGUCGCGAUCACCUUCCCCGAGAAAAUCCUGAACGCAGACGUCGAGUUGCACGAGCUGGAGGUCUAUCAACUGCAAACAUAUUUUUCAGUCUGGGUCGUGUGGAAGAUGAAUAUUUCGCAUGGACGAGCCAAAAUCUGUGAUGCAUGAAGUGCGUCAGGAGUGCCGUAUGUUGGCUUAGUAGUGUCAUGCAAGACAAGGGGGGCGAUUCCUACUUCUCAAAACUGUUUACGCAUGAUGCAGUACCCGCCUUCAAAAACAUUGUCGUGCUUGGGUAUUAAGUUGUGCUACUGAAGUUCGUUUCAAGAGACGAACAUUACACCUCCAUGAUGCGCAGACUACUACAUGUUUGGCAUUGAUAUAUUUGAAUUUGCGAACUUGGAGCAGGCGAAGGUCGAGGAGAUCGAAACGGUGAAGGCGAAAAUCAAAGACGACCAAGAGUCGAGCAAGUUUAUCCAAUCUAUCACCUGCAAAUUUGUCUCGGUCUUCUGGAAUAAUGCAAGCUUGUAUUGCGGACUUCGAAAAGCGAAAGUGCACCCUUCACAAAAGAUUAAGAUUUGUCAUGCCUGGAGGGGUAUUGAAAUUGAAAUUGAAGUGCGUAGUAUCUCAUGGGGAAGCGUGCAUUUCAAUUUUUGCAGGUUUCCAGACGGAAACAACUGCAUUUACAGGUGAUUCAGUCCGCCAUCGACCAACUGCAGCGGUUCUACGGGAUGAGCGUUCCGGUGCUGUUCUUACAAAAAUCCCUUUCCUCCUUGUCGGCGAGGAACGAAACGUACCCUAGUGGGUUGCCGAAGGUGGAGCGACCCGAGAAGGCAAAUCCGUACGAGAAGCACGAGUCCGGGGGCAGCAUUGUGGUCUUGCUGCAGACCAUGCUGUCCGAAGUGGAAGCGAGCGUGUCGGACGGAUUAGACAGGCUGAACGACGUGAAAACGAACUACCGGAAGGAGAAGGAGCAACUGUCGAACCAGAAAUUUGCGAUCGAGAAGCAGAAAGUAUCGCUCGUGACCGAGUCCAACGCAAUCAACGCGACGGUGUUGGAGUUGACAAACACGCGAGACGAGGCCAUGACUGCCGAGGAAACGGCGCUCCAGUACAAAAAAUCCACGAACGAGCGAUGUGCGCCACUGGUGGCCGCGUUUGACCAGAACCAAGUGCUGAAACAGCACGAGAUUGACUUCUUGUUUCAGGUGAAACACUCGCUGCAGGGCCAGGGCAGCUGAAUUGUACUAAUUUUGGUAUAAUAAAUAUGCUUGUUCCACCACGACCUCUCGGUCGUUUGAAGGGCGUCCACGGGAGAAGGACUGUAACAGCGGAACUAGGAAAAAACCAUGUGACUUUGACUUUUUUCCCGCGCCAAUUUGUUGCCACUGUCAACAUCUCCGGACAUGUUCAUAUAAUGAGAGCACUAGUACAGUAACUACGCUACAAGACAGUAAGUUUUCUUUUCCGAGGAUGAAAAUCAGAAUGUACGAAAGAUUUACACGUUCCACCCGUCGUCGUUCCUGCUC